UCGUACGGCCACCUUGCUUUACGGCUCUCAACAGACGACUCUGCUUCCAUCUGCCGACUUGACUUGCGGCUUCUCUUACUAUGCCCCGCAGUGGUCUGGCGCGAGUUCAGUUGGACCUACUCCUUUCCCACGGUCCUCCACUCAGCCAUCCUAAGCAGGGUGGGGUCCGGGUCGCCCCGCCCCGGGGUGUUGUCACUCAGACCUUCUCCCCAUGGUCCUCUGCGUGCCCUUCAGGCCUCCUCGUCCUUCGCGGUGUUUCCGAAACCUUCUUCCCAGGGGCCAACCUUCUUCCCAGGGUCCUCUGCGCGGCCGUUCAAACGCCCUGCUGCGUAUUGAGGCCGUCACCACUGGCGCGAUUUCUCCCAGACCUUCUUUCCAAGAUCCUCUGCGGAUCGUGCCUAGUGACCUUCUGCGCGUUCAGACCGCAUCCGCUGGUGUGGUCUCGCCCAGACCUUCUUCCCAGAGUCCUCUUGGCGGCCGUGCCUAGUGCCCGUCCGCACGUUCAGGUCCCCUCCGCUCGCGCGUUCUUGCCCAGACCUUCUUCCCAGGGUUCUCCAGGCGGCCGUGCCCCAGGGAGUUUCUGUGCAUUCAGUCUGGCCAGAGCUCUGUCCGCCCUGCGCGGCUGAGGCACCAUUAAAUUUGACAAUUAAUCCAAGGCUGGAGUUCCAAGCAACAUGGAUUAUGUUUGUAUUUUAGGGACGUGGCUGACGCUUUACUGUCUAAGUUACUAGCACUCACAAAUGGAAGGUUGCCCGUAUGCACGCCGGUGGACUUAUUCAGUCUUGGAGAUCAUCAGCUUGUCCCAAAUAGUCCACCUGCAUCAGCAUGUCCGGGACCGAGGAAGCAGUCCUUGGAGGCCGUGGCAGCCAGCCUGCUGGGGGCAGCCCCGUGCUCUGCUUUGGUCAGUACCAGUACACAGUGGAAGAACACCAGGCCAUCCAGAACGCCCUGAGGCAGAGGCUGGGCCCAGAGUACAUCAGUAGCCGCAUGGCUGGAGGAGGCCAGAAGGUGUGUUACAUUGAGGGUCACAGGGUCAUUAAUCUGGCCAAUGAGAUGUUCGGCUACAACGGCUGGGCUCACUCCAUCACCCAGCAGAAUGUGGAUUUUGUUGACCUUAACAAUGGCAAGUUCUACGUGGGCGUCUGUGCGUUUGUGCGAGUCCAGCUGAAGGAUGGCUCGUAUCAUGAAGACGUGGGCUACGGUGUCAGCGAGGGCCUCAAGUCAAAAGCCUUGUCCUUGGAAAAGGCCAGGAAGGAGGCAGUAACAGAUGGGCUGAAGCGGGCGCUGAGUUUUGGGAACGCACUUGGAAACUGUAUUCUGGACAAAGACUAUCUGAGGUCACUGAACAAGCUUCCAUGCCAGCCGCCUCUUGAAGUGGAUUUAACUAAUGCAAAGAGACAAGAUUUUGAACCAUCUGUUGAACAAGCCAGAUACAGCAGCUGCCAGCAGAAUGUGACUCUGGAACCCCCUAAAGCCCGGGAGGUGACCUCACCGUGCAGACUGAGCCACUCAGCUGGCCCCCACGGUGUGAUGCAGGGGGACAAGGAGACCAGCUCCCGAAGCCUGGUCCCCGGCACCACGGAGAGCGAAGCCACGCUCCAGCGGAAGCUCCGGCAGAAGCAGCUGCAGCAGCAGUUCCGGGAACAGAUGGAGAGACAGCAGCAGGCUGCCACCUCUGCCCUGUCUGCCGGAAGGAAGGACCAGGCGCAGCCGCCACCAGUGCCUCCUGCCAAGCCCAGCCUCCCCAGGACCCGCUCACCUUCGGAGCCACUCACCCAGAGAGACCUGCUGCCAGACAGUCUUGAAAUGUGGGACAUGGCUAUGGAUGCAGAGGACAGCAUGCUCAAGCCCUUGUCGAAACCAGAACCACCACAGACCCCUACCAUCUCCAUCCUGAAGAACCACAUGGAGACCCAGAACAGGAUUCCACAAAGCCUUUGCCACCAGACUCCACAGGCACAAUCUGGACCCUGGCACCUCCAAACUUCCAGCCUUAACCAACACGCCACAGGGGACUGUGAUUCCUCUAGGAAGAAUCAGGACAUGAAGAAGAGGAAACUGGAUCCAUCUUAACCAAGGCUCAGGUCACCUCCUGAACUCGGUUCUGACGGGACUUCAUUUUGGUCCUGAAAUGACUGCUCCUGCCUGAGGAGUGCGCUCCGCUUCAGGGCUCUGCCUGCUUCAUCCUGAACUCUGCCGGAGGACUCGGCACCUGCUCACAUCAAGUCGGGCAGUUGGGAAGCUGUGCAGAGACUCAGUGCCUUUUCUUGGGCUCCUCACUCUUUCUUUAUUCCUAAGCUAUUAUGUUAAUGAAGACAGAAAUCACCUCGGCCUGUGGUACAUCCCUGAGUGACCUCUGACCUCUUGCUGUGGGCUCCCCCGUUUUCUAAUGCUGCCACACAAGACUGCAGUCUUCAUCACUAUCGUUUAUCAGCUCAUCAUGAAACGACUUCCCUUUUCUCCUAAGACCAAAGAAAAGGCAUUUUUAAGAAAGCAAAAUUAAAUCCUACCCUGUAACAAUAUAA